GAAGACGGACUUAUAAUCUUGUUCUUGCCGACUCACAUCAAAGUGCUGGAAUAAUAUCCAAAGAAUUGGUAUAAAAUUUUAUCCGACGGAAUUAACUAAGAAAGCUGAUAUUUAUGUCGAUACCAAUUUUUUAAUUUCGCUUUGAUAAAAUAAAUAUUACAAUCGCUAUCAUGUCAGAUACAAAGGAAGUAACAGAGCUGCAAGCAUUUGUAACAGCUUUUUGUCACAGUAUGGUGAUACUCGCGCUACCUGUAAUCUCUUUCUUUACAAGCAAAAUUUUUUUAUUUGAUGGUAUAUUAGGUUUCAGCGAGGUAUUAAGUAACGUGUAUUCAGCUGGUGUUGCAGUACUAGUAUUACAUUUUGCCUUAGGACUUUUUAUAUACAGAGCAUACUUUCAUGAUGGAUCAAAAACACCAGCAGUUAAGAGAGAUUAAUUUUUUUUUUUUAUUAUUAAGUACACCUUGGUGAUCAUACACUUAUGACAUAAUCACAGUCAACACAUUUGU